AUAGAAGUCAAUGGUGCCAUAAACAACUAAUUUAACAAAUCCCAAAUCUCUCAUUUAUUUGCCAUAAAUUCAGUUCUUUAAUCAACAACUUUUUCUAAACAACCCCCUAAUCAUCCACUCGCUUUUUCUCUUCGGAUAAGUCGAGCACUGAGUAACAUCUCACAGAGAAGCCGAAGGAUGGGGUUUGAGAAGAAAGAUCUGGAUCUGGUGCUGGUUCCGAGCGGUUUGCUCAUCAUGUUCGGGUACCAUCUCUUCCUCCUCCACAGAUACCUCCAUCAGCCUCACACCACUGUCAUGGGCUUUGAGAAUCAUAGCAAGCGCUUCUGGAUUCAGGCCAACAUGCAGGGUGAGAAUAGGGACUUUGGCACGUGUCUUGCGGUCAUCUCCUCCAACAUAGCGGCAGCAACGUUCUUGUCCUCCGUCUCGCUCACCCUCAGCUCCUUGAUCGGUGCUUGGAUUAGCAACACCACCAAUAACUUCUUCCAGAGCGAUCUUGUCUACGGCGACACUCGGCCCAUCACCAUCUCCAUCAAGUACAUCUGCCUUCUCAUCUGCUUCCUCCUCGCCUUCUCAUGCUUCGUCCAGUCGGCCCGGCACUUCGUCCACGCCAACUACCUGAUCAGCACGCCAAGCCCAAGCAUCCUUCCCAAGAGUGUCGAAUUGGCUGUAAUCCGAGGCGGUGAUUUCUGGUCUGUUGGGCUCAGGGCACUGUACUUUGCUCUGAACUUGCUUCUCUGGUUCUUUGGACCAAUUCCUAUGUUUGUUUGCUCCCUUGUCAUGGUCCUGUUCUUGCACUACCUCGACUCGAACACGGCUCCAUUGAUUGAGCACGAGUUUGAUGGGAGGCAAGUGGCGAAGAAGGUGGAGCACAGAGUGGCAGUUGGAAUUAAACAUGCUGUCACAUCAUAGUUUAUACUAUGCGCUGAUAUUUUCUCCAUCAGCCUGUUUUUCCGAAA